AUGUAUAUAAGGCUUGGCCAAUCCCUUUUCUUAUUCCAAGAUUUCGAGAAUGAUUUGUUGGAUGAUCCAUUCAGUGCUGUGGAUGCUCAUACGGCCACAAGUUUAUUUAAUGAAUAUGUUAUGGGAGCACUUUCAGAGAAGGCAGUUUUACUUGUGACUCAUCAAGUUGAUUUCCUACCUGCAUUUGAUUCUGUUUUGUUAAUGUCAGAUGGGGAAAUCCUGCGGGCAGCUUCUUAUCAUCAGUUAUUGUCAUCAAGUAAAGAAUUUCAGGACCUUGUCAAUGCACACAAAGAAACUGCUGGUUCUGAGAGACUUGCCGUUGUUACUUCUCAGAAGCAUGGUACACCUGCUAAAGAGAUCAAGAAGGGUUAUGUGGACAAACAAUUUAAAGCACCCAAAGGUGAUCAGCUGAUAAAACAAGAAGAGAGAGAAAUAGGAGACACAGGGUUACAGCCAUACAUACAAUAUCUGAAUCAGAACAAAGGCUUUUUGUUCUUCAGCUUGGCUGGUCUUUCCCACCUUGUAUUUGUGUUUGGUCAGAUAUCACAGAACACUUGGAUGGCUUCCAAUGUAGAUAAUCCUCAUGUUAGCACAUUGCGGCUGAUAGUAGUUUACUUAGUGAUUGGAUUUACCUCAACAGCAUUUUUGCUGUGUAGAUCUCUCUCUACUGUUUUCUUAGGUCUUCGAUCAUCACAAUCUUUAUUUUCACAGCUUCUAAAUUCUCUUUUCCGUGCACCUAUGUCGUUUUAUGACUCCACACCCUUGGGAAGGAUACUUAGUCGGGUCUCCUCCGAUCUGAGUAUUGUUGACCUUGAUAUCCCGUUCAGUUUAAUCUUUGCUGUUGGGGCUACCACUAAUGCUUAUACUAAUCUUGGAGUACUAGCUGUUGUCACCUGGCAAGUUCUGUUUGUCUCAAUACCAGUGAUUUUUGUGGCUAUUCGCUUGCAGAGAUAUUAUUUUUCUUCUGCUAAAGAAUUGAUGCGGAUCAAUGGCACAACCAAGUCCUUUGUGGCAAAUCAUUUGGCUGAGUCAGUUGCAGGAGCUAUGACAAUAAGGGCCUUUGAGGAGGAAGAGCGUUUUUUUGCAAAGAGCCUUGAUCUCAUUGAUACCAAUGCUAGUCCUUUCUUCCACAGUUUUGCUGCAAAUGAGUGGUUGAUUCAAAGGUUAGAAGUGCUCAGUGCAGCUGUUAUCUCGUCGGCAGCACUCUGCAUGGUUUUGCUUCCUCCUGGAACUUUUAGCCCAGGAUUUAUCGGGAUGGCACUUUCUUAUGGCCUUUCCUUAAAUGUUUCCCUAGUUAUGUCUAUCCAGAACCAGUGUACUAUAGCAAAUUAUAUCAUUUCUGUGGAAAGACUAAACCAAUACAUGCAUGUACAAAGUGAAGCCCCUGAAGUGAUAGAAGACAGUCGCCCUCCAGCCAACUGGCCUGCUGUGGGUAAAGUGGAUAUCUGCGAUUUACAGAUCAGAUAUAGGCCUGAUGCACCACUUGUCCUUCGGGGCAUCAGUUGCACAUUUGAAGGAGGUCACAAAAUUGGUAUUGUUGGCCGGACUGGCAGUGGAAAGACUACUCUCAUAGGUGCUCUAUUUCGUUUAGUGGAGCCAGCUGGAGGGAAGAUUAUAGUAGAUGGCAUUGAUAUCUGUAAGAUUGGGCUUCAUGAUCUGAGGACACGUUUUGGUAUAAUUCCUCAAGAUCCUACACUUUUCAAUGGCACUGUGAGAUAUAAUUUGGAUCCUUUAUCUGAACAUACAGACAAGGAAAUAUGGGAGGUUCUUGGAAGAUGUCAGCUUCGGGAAGCUGUCCAGGAGAAAGAAGAAGGCCUUGACUCCUUAGUUGUGGAUGAUGGAUCAAACUGGAGCAUGGGGCAAAGACAACUAUUCUGUUUGGGGCGUGCGCUGUUAAGGAGAAGCCGGAUAUUGGUGCUUGAUGAAGCAACUGCAUCAAUCGACAAUGCAACUGACACCAUUUUACAGAAAACUAUUCGGACUGAAUUCGCAGAUUGUACUGUGAUUACAGUGGCUCACAGGAUACCAACGGUGAUGGAUUGCACCAUGGUACUUGCCAUUAGUGAUGGAAAGCUUGUGGAGUAUGAUGAGCCAAUGAAUUUAAUGAGGAGGGAAGAUUCGCUGUUUGGGCAGCUUGUGAAGGAAUACUGGUCUCAGUUGCACUCUGCAGAAUCACAUUAAAAUGAAAAACUAUUUCUUGUAUCUCUUGCUUUGGCAGCAAGAAUUGUAAGUAGGAUGUAUAGUAUUGCCGCAAUAUGUUAGGGGUAGAGAGCAAAGAACAAGAGGAACAUUUGUUCCAUUAGUAGGUUGCAUUAACUGGA